GCAUUCAACGCAUUAAUGCGUGCUAAAUAAAUAUUAAUUCGCAAAUAUUUAAUUUAAUAAUUUAAAUAUAAAAUAAUGUACCUACCUAUUACUUGGCAUUAAUUAUUCUAAUAACCAUUUUGAUUGUGAGUAGGUAUGUCAAGAUUGCAGUGGAUUAACGAACUUUCCGAAGAUGAAGUGCAAAAUAUAGUGGAAUCUGUUGAUAUAGUUUUGUUUGAUGUAGAUGGUGUUCUUUUACACAACCGAAAAGUUAUUUCUGGUUCAGACAAUGCGGUAAUGAAACUAAGGAAACUCGGAAAAAUUAUUGGAUUUGUCACUAACAAUACACUUAAAUCCCUGACAGAUUUCACAAAGGCUUUAGAACCGUUUGGGGCUAAGGCUGAAGAAAUAGUCAACCCCACUCAAACUUUGCUGGCCUAUUUGAAGAAAAUUGAUUUCAAGCAAGAUAUUUUUGGAGUCUGUUGUAAUGUUUUAAAAGAAUGUUUAAGAGAUGAAGGCUAUAAUGUUAUUGAUUAUCAAGAUAUCCAAAAAACACCCCUGCAAGAAACUUUUGUAGCAGUAAAAGAAAUGUCCUACAAAACACUAGAAGUAUGCCAAAACGUUGGAUUAGUUCACGUAGACUCAGACUUUAAUCGUAACUAUGGCACUUUGCAAGCAGCCCAAAUUAUUUUAAACAAUAAUAAAGACGUUAUUUUAACAAGUGGAGCUAGAGAUGACGAUCUUCCUAUAGAUGAAAAAUUGAUGGGAAUUGGUUCGAAAUAUUUUAUCGAUACAUUGGAGCGCUUUACUGGAAGACAGGCAAUAAAAAUGUCUAAACCAGACAAGGAAAUAAGAGAUAUGGUAAUUUCUAAAUUUAAGAUAACUGAUUCUAGCCGUGUACUAAUGGUAGGUGACAGUAUCCUAUCAGACAUAGCAUUUGGCGUUGCCUCCCGAUUCAAGACUCUUCUGAUAUUAUCGGGCAUUUUGCCUCAAACACAAAUUGCAAUUACUGAUAAUCAAGAAAUUAAACCAAAUUUUGUCGCGCAUGGGCUUGAAGAACUUUACCAAAAAAUAAUUAAUAUGUGAUAAUUAAUAUGCGGUUUUAUGUAAAAUA